CGUUGUGCCGGGCUGCUGGUGGGGAGGGUGGCGGCCGCGCUGCGGAGGCACCGGGGCGGGACUUGAAAGACUCAGCUGUUGUUAACAAGACAACUACUGAAACAUGGUGGAUUACUAUGAAGUUCUGGGAGUGCAAAAACAUGCCUCAGCAGAAGAUAUUAAAAAAGCGUAUCGGAAAUUGGCAUUAAAAUGGCACCCUGAUAAAAAUCCAGACAAUAAAGAAGAGGCAGAACGGCAAUUUAAACAAGUAGCUGAGGCCUAUGAAGUGUUGUCAGAUGCUAAAAAACGUGACAUCUAUGACAGAUACGGAAAAGAAGGCUUAAUAAAUGGAGGCGGAGGUGGAAAUCAUCACGAUAAUCCAUUUGAAUUUGGAUUUACAUUCCGUAACCCAGAAGAUGUCUUUAGGGAGUUUUUUGGUGGAAGGGACCCCUUUUCAUUUGACUUCUUUGAGGACCCUUUUGAGGACUUCUUCGGGAGCAGGCGGGGUCCAAGGGGAAGCAGAAGCAGAGGUGGUGGAUCAUUUUUCUCUGCCUUUAGUGGAUUCCCUGCUUUUGGAAGUGGUUUUUCUUCAUUUGACACAGGUUUUACUUCGUUUGGUUCACUGGGACACGGAGGCCUUACUUCGUUCUCCUCUACGUCAUUUGGUGGUGGUGGAAUGGGUAAUUUCAAAUCAGUAUCAACCUCAACUAAAAUAGUUAAUGGCAGAAAAAUUACUACAAAGAGAAUUGUUGAGAAUGGACAAGAGAGAGUAGAAGUUGAAGAAGAUGGCCAGUUAAGGUCGCUAACAAUAAAUGGUGAGGCGGAUGAGGAAGCCUUUGCCGAGGAGUGCAGACGGAGAGGACAACACGCCCUGCCUUUCCAGCCGACCAACCCUCGCCUGCUGAAGUCUCACAAGCCUGCCAGUUCCCCCAAAUAUGCCUAUCAUUAUAAUAGCGAUGAGGUGGAAGAACAAGAUAGAAGCCGGGUUACAAGCAGCUUGGAGACCCCUUUUUAUUUAUCAGGUGUGCACAAGCAUGUUGAUGAGAAAUGCGCAGAAAAGGAUUCAUCAGCUAGUCAAAAGCCAAAACCAAAACGCCAAGGAAGAGGUUGUUGCUGUGUGUUGACCUAAUCUUAGUUCCCCGGUAGAUAAUAAACAGCAGCUCGUGUGCCUUUAUCCUGCAUUAGCUCUGCUCUUCCAUUUAGUCUAGAUUCACAAAUGCCCUGGGAUAUUCAAGGAUCCAGGGAAAAUUUUGUUAUGCUGAAGUGCCUAUGCUCUUUGUUCUUAAAAGUGAAGGCCUUUUAGAGAGUAACUAAUCACAAUACUUUGCACAUUCAUUUACUUAAAUUGUGCUUGGCUUCCUUGCCAAAGUAGUUCAGCAACUUGAUAUUAUUUCUGGAAGGUGCAAUUUUAGGAACCUAAAUCGUAAUAGCGAGGGCUAAGACCGUUCAGGCGAAUGCAGAAGUGUGGUGAUUGUCCUGGUUAUUUUUGGAAGUAAUUAGUCCUUUGAUGUAUUUCCUGCCUGUAAUGUUUCAGCAGUACAGUCCAGAGGCUAUCUGGGACAACCAAGUCCUCAUAACUACUUGAUUUAAUUUGAACCUGUGGUCAAAGAUCAUCCAGGACUGCCAGGACAGGUUUUUCUGAAUCAUGAAGAUGCCUUUCUACUUGGAUGCCCAAACCAAGGGCCCUUCUCAGUAGUGCUGAAUUACGUGAAGUGCUGGGAAGUGUGAGGAAGUAUGAGGCUCUUCAGGGUAAACAGAGCGCACAAAAAACAUGCACUGUACCCCGAAACAUGCGCUCACGUACUCCCAGUGCUGUACCAACUUCUGCUGCGUUUAUGAGCCUUUAAAUCUAACGCUGUCAUCUGUACCGAAGAUCUAAAGAUAUCAUGUGGGAUGACAGCUUGAAAAAAUAGAAGCAUUCAGAUAAAUGUCUUCCCGAUCAGUUGUUGGAAGUUUUGUCUCUCUGUGGAUGGCUAAGUUGAAUCUUUUCUUAAAAAAAAAAAAAAAAAAAAAAAAAAAAAAGUUUAAAAUUUCUCUGCAGAAGCCUGAACGUAACCUCUGGGCCGAUGUCCUGAAAUCUGCCACGCAAGGGUUACAGGUUUUGUCUCCUGUGUCUAUAGCCGGCAAAACAAAACCUUGGCUCUGCAUUUGGAGACUUGAGGUUCUCUGCAACCAUAACAAUACUUUGCAGUGAUCUCCAAAGUGCAUCUGAAUUUGACAUGCACCAUGCAAAUUUUGGAGCAAUUUUUAAGAUUGCUUAGGGCUUUUUGCCGUGAAUCUAUUUAUGGUCCAAGACACAAGUUUGCAAUUAAAAUGAAUUUCCAGAAGUAUUUGCACAAUCACAAAAUCCUCUCUUCUACCAGUAGCUUGUGAGUUGCCAUAAAAGAUCCAGGGUGAAAAUUUGAUUGCAGUAAGACUAAGAUUUUACUAUUGCUUUAAAUAUUUUGCCUGCUGUUCCUCUGAUGGACAGGGCUGCUGAAGGACUGGUCGAGUCAGUCAUAAAAACCUACGUGAGUGUCUUAAUCCCUCCCUGGGAAGUUUGUGCACGAGCCCUGACCAAUAACGCCGUUCUCCUUCAUGGGUGUUCACCUCUGCCAACUGCCUUGCCCAGCAAGCAGGCUUCACUGGCGCAGCUCUGUGAUUAUACAGACCACUUACUCGCUCCCGCUUGGCUUCUCAUUGAUCACUGCAACAGCUGCCGUGCUUACACGGGCCAGCGUUGGGAAAGAAUAGCAUCUUUUUCUGCCUUGGUCCAAAGCCCACUCACUUCAGUGGAAAAUAAAGUUCAACGGCCUCAAACCAGGCGCCGUUCCACCUCAAAUUGGGUGGUUUUGCCACUGCUGGCAUUUAGCCCUUGACGGUGAGGCUGCGGGGCAGUUUUAGAUGUUGUCCCAGUUAGGGCACCUCAAGCAAAUCCUCAGUUGUACGCUGCAGUGAAAUGGCUUCUUUUUCCCAGCUCUAAAAGUGGGAAUGUUUGAGUUUUAAUCUGUAAGUCUGAAGCAAAUUGAAAUGAAAGCAAAGAGGUUCGGUGGGAAUGGCUCUAGGAGCGGCUGCCUGUCUCAGAACCCAAGGAGAAAGGCUGGCCAACUCGUUUAAACCUGGCAAAAAAUAUCCAGAGGUGAGAUGAGUCUUCCCUUAGUCAGGAUUUGCAGUCAUUGCAGUGGGGUUUUAAUUAAAAAAAAAAAAAAAGUUAAAUUUGAUUCUCCAUCUAACAUUGACACUUUGUGCUUUAGUAGAAAUUGCUCGGGGUUUUAUACUGUUCCUGGUUUCGUAACAGCCUUUAGAAUAAAACUUGUACUCUGAAGUCGCUGUGUAUCUCCAACAGUGCUCUAGCUCCACCCAAGUAAUUUUUUAAUAAGAAUUCAGAUACUACAAGGAAUGCGCUGCCUGACGGUAUGAUGUAUGGCUGACUGGUGGUGCGCAAGCUGUAUCAAAGUGGUAUUAAUGCCAGCAGAGACCUGGGGGUUGCAGCCGUUAAUGGUAGGGGUAGUGGUAAUUACCCCUAAAAAACUACUCUGGAUUUGAGAGUUUUGACCUUUAUCUAGCAAGAAUGGUUGAAAUGUUUGUUAAAAUAUUGAAAAAUAUGUGGUAUGAAAGAUUGUUAUUUGCAAGAUAAUAUUGCAAGGUUUGCUCUUCCUUUUGAAUGGAAUAGCUUGCAUUAACCUAAAACUUACAACAUUAAUAAUAAUUCAUUUUUGCUGCAUUUUCACCCACUGGCAUCCCUGAAAAGGAAACUACUUUAAAAGAACUAGCUUAACUAAUCUCUAUCCUUUCCUGGCAUGGAUUCCUCUGCUGGAAAGUUGAGCUAUUUGUACUUUAUUACAACUUUAAUGAGGUUCUGUUCUUUUUACCGACAUAAAGUUUCCCGCGUUACACAUUACUAACUAGUAAAAUCAAUGUGCUUGGUUAUCCCAACUAAUUACUUUAUAAUUCUCUCACAUACUUGUAUUUGGGCAUGUAAUGGAAAGAGAAAGGAAAGCAAAGCCACCGUUUUCUGCGGAAACCUAACACGUGAGGAAUGCUGGAGGUGCGGAGAUGGGAGGGAAUUCACUCUCCCUUUGCUCCACGUCCCCUGGCUGUAACUGUGCGCGAGUGGGACGGGGUAACAGCCGUACUCUUCAGAGGAUGUCAGGGAGUGGGAAGAUUGGGUGGUGGACCUGGAGGCUGGCUGGUUGCUCCCUGGCUUAGCCAGAGCUGCCUUCACGCAUGUUUUUUUUGGCUGCCAGUAUGAGAGCAUCCCGUUGCCCAUUUGCUUCCCGUAGAAGGUGGCUGGGUUGCACACGGAAGGGCUUCCAAGGCUGCGUAGCCUUGCAAGCUUUUGCUUGCCAUGUGGGAGUAAAACCUUGGCCUCUAUUUGGUAAUAGUAUUACCUUAAUUAAUAGCAGGCAAGCAGGUUGUAUCUGGCUUGGUAUGUUCUUGUAGCAAUUCUAGGCAGAAUUGGUAAUGAAAAUAGUACGGUGAGCAAGCACGAAGGCAGGCCCCGGUAAGUUGCUCACGCUUUUCAGUCCCCUAAAACAUCAAAGUUGGAAUUACAUCACUGGGUUGGCCAGUGAAACUGGAGAACUCGCCCCUUGAAUUUAACAUUGCGGAUAAUUAAAUAGUGGAGCGGCAUACCUAGACAGGGUGGGAUGUUUUGUCACCUCAGGUCUUUACGUAAAGGUGGGUUCUCUCUCUGCGAUGCUCUGUGGCACGGGCAGGAGCUGUGGAUGCCGUGAAUUAGUAGGUCAAAUCGUGGUGUGUGUUGGGCAGCGGCUGGGGCUGAAAGGAGGGAACGUGAAAGUGCACUCUAAAGCUGUAAUUGUAAAUUGAGUCACACGCAUGAAAUUAUACUGAAGCUGUGAUCUGGGGUCAAUUUGUGUAAUGGCAUAUGCAAAUGUGGUCAGUCUAAAAUAACAGAUGGUGGCUGUAACUCAGAGGUAAGCUAGCUGCCUUUGAAAUAGCAAUUUAUUGUUUUGAGUAAAGAGGUAUUUUUAAGAGCAGAAAAUUAGAAAUUGCACUACAGAACCCAACGUGCACGUGCCCCGCUGCCCUGUUAAAGCUCUGUGCACGUAUUGGAGCCAUGACUGCUUGGCUGGUUUGAAGCAGGGCAAAAGAAUGGCUGCAAUCUUAGCAAAAUUUAGUAGAUCUUGAAAACCAUUUUCUCUGGGACUUGAGCAGAAACCAUGAAUCCCUCUCACCCCCAACCUCAGUGCUUCAGAGCCUGAAAGUGGAAGGAGACUCCUCCGAAGUCUUCACCUCUUCAGGAGAUGUUCUACAAAAAUCAGGCCAUGGCUUUUGUUACUGACUGAAGUGUGUCGACAAGCAGAAAUCCUGUGUGUUAACUGUCGGUCGUGACUGAACACCCUGUUUCCUUCUGCUGACGCCUACGCUCUCCUGUGCUGGCAGAAGGAAGGUGGAGCAGACCCGUGGCUGCUCUCUGCAUCCUGGUAGAGCAGGCAGGUGUCAGGCAGGGCAGGAAGAAGUAGGACACCACAGAUGGGUUGGGGAGGAGUGUUUUCCCCAGGACACUUGUUCGUUUGGAUCAAUCGCUCGAUGUGCACACCUCCCUUGCAGCUGCCUCCCAAGAACGUGACAAGUUUUAUAGUCGGUGACUGAACAAACCCGUGAUGUUGGGAGGUGCAGAUGGCAGAGAAGUAGAAAGCCAGAAGGAAAUACAAUCUGGGACCCAGCAGAGAGGCUUCCCAAUUUGUUUUGGUCCUUGCUGAGUGGCUGAGAGAGUUGCUACUAAGCAUUGUUGGAAGUUGGUUUCAGCCUUCAGUAGCGUUUUGAAAUAUGGAAUAGCUUCUGUGCUCUUUAUGGUUCUUCUGGAAAUAGAAGAGAGAAGGAUGAAAUGGUAAGAGUGGGUCAGCACACGCUGUUCGUUUUAGACAAGAAUUAUCCAGGUUGUAAACCAGGUGUAAUUCCAAAUGGUGUGGAUUCUUGCUUCAUCCAUCUCUGCUCCUGGCAGCUGAUGAAAGCAAGAAUGUACCAAGUCAGGCUGAUAUCUCUCUGCAUAUGAGUGAAUCUGUUUCCAAAUGCCAAAGCUUGGGGAAGCUCUCAGUAACCUAUUCUCCCCCCACCCUUCCCUAAGACGCUCUAUCUUAAUGUAACACAUUUCUAGACUUUAGAUACCUAACAAUUGCUUCUAAGAGUAGAAGUUUGAAAACCCCAUCUCCAAGGCCAGAGCUGUUUGCCUAAGCCAGUUCAGCCAGGCACUAACGAUGGGAAGCCUCCGUGACUGCUUCGUGAUGCUGGUGACCCACCAGGACACAGAUUCACGGCAGAUUAAUCAAAUAGUAACGGGGCUGCUGCUUUCUAAUUCAGAUUUUGUUCUCUUGUGACUUUGAGGCUAGUCUGGUAACCAAGGCAGCUAAAUAUGCUUUUAAUUAGUGCUGGUUGAAGUAUUCAAGUGAAAUAAGCACCAAAGGGUUACGUCUUUAGUGUGCACUUUUUACUAGGAGCUGCUUCACUUGUCCGGAUUAGGUUUUUGGCCAUUAUCACCCAGCAUAGCAUCACUGGUGCUAACAGACUGGCAAAGUUUGACCUAUCCUUUCUUCUUAGGUGGCAGCAGAAAAGGAAAUGGUCGAGAGUGAAAUUAUUUAUCACAGCAAGCUCGAAACAGAAAAGAGCUGGCAGUUUUCUCUUGAGGAAUACUCUGCAUUUGUGCCUUAUCUCCUACUUUGGCCAAUCUGUUUCUGUGUGUCAGUGAUAACACUUGAAAGAUUUCCACUUUUCACCCUUAUCAUUCCAGAGGCUGGUAGGAGACCAUGUUGUCAAAUGCCUAAAUAUCUUCAUACCACAUUAUUUUAACAUUUGAGUUGUUUCAUUUAGAAGGCAAUGAAUUAUGUGGCAUUCAUUUCAAGUCAUUAUUUACAUCGACUCACAGUAUUUUUAAGGAAGACUUGCUAGAAUUGCUUUCAAAAUCUCAAAGAUUUGAAGAAAAUGGACUGUUGAAAAAAAAAAUUGUGAUAUAAAAUACCAGUAUCAAAUGCAAUCAUGCCUGUAUGUGGAAGCCUUUUAAAAAUACUGACAGUGUUUUGAGAAUGAAAAAUGAGAAAAUUAUGAAGCUAAUAACCUGUUAGAGUUUAAUGCUCCUUUCCCAAAUAUCUGUGUUAAUGUUUCAUAGUUAUUACAUGAACUAGUUCUGAUCGGCUGAUAUGAUGCUGUUUUUCCCUCCAGUAAAGGGAAGAAUCCUUUGAAUAACACCCUUCGGAUGACUGAUUCUCAAGAGUCAGCACGUCUCUUCCGCCUCCGUUGGCCUCUGUGGGAAAGCAAAGAGAUGCUUGAGCCCUUCUGGGAUUUGUCCCUUAGAGCAGUAAAUUAAAUGCCAAGGGAUCCUAUUUUUGACAAUGUAUAGGUAACCGAGGGGCUGACAUUGAAGUGAACUUAAUGGAUGGAGUUCUUAAUUAGGGAGAUGUCCACGCGAUGCCCCCGGGGACAGGAUUGUAGCUCAGGAGGGUGGCAGGGUGCAGGGAAAACACAGCGUCAUUGCAAUUCUGCAAAGCACUGCCAAUUUUUCUCUUCCUUAAACAAUAAAACUGGUUUCCACUCUAACUUUCUGCAGGCUAAUCACUCAUGGCAUAAUUUCUAAAUAAAUAUCCUGCUUCUUGACUCAGAUGAUUGCAAAAGAUGAAGUCAUGCUGUUGAUACAGCGUAGGAGCUCGAAUGAUAACCUAGAAACAGUUUUCCUUUGCUACAAGGGAGUGUAUUUCCUCUAACGCACAAGCUUUUGAUAACGUCUCAAGUGAUUUAGCCCAAAGACUAUCUCGUGGUUUUCCCCAAGUCUUAAACUGAAGAACUGCAGUUCUGCCGUGGGCACAGCCCUAACCGCGCUUGGGAGGAGCUCUGAUUAGGGGCAAACUUCAGCCACAGCGUGGCUUCGUACUCCUCUGACCUCCCACCGCUUCCUUUUCCCAUCUUCAUUUUGCCAUUGGUGCUAAAUUGAUGGAGAACCAGGUGUGAUGGUGACACAGCUUCCUCAGGGCAACAUCUGCCUGCGGGCAGACAGAAUGGGGAAAGAAACAGACGUGCAGACAGGCGGAGCUGAGCCCUUCCUCGGCCGUUCCUCUGACUGCCAGCCCUGUCUCUCAGCUGGCUUCCAGGGCUCCUCCGCUCCGUGCUGGCCCCCUUCACUGGAUUGUGCUGAUUCCCAGUGGCAGAGCACCGCUGAGCUAAAAGAUCCCUCCAGCUAUCUCAGAAUGAUUAUCCGAGGGAAACGUUUGCUAGCUGUGAGUUUAGAUUCAUAAGCGCACUUGGGUAGAUGUGGUGUUGGUUCUGCGCAGUUUGCUGUCCGUGCAAGUCUGCUGGCAAGUUGCGUUUUACUGCAAGUUUGGAGGAAAGAACGAGAUGCAGAGCAAGAACUGUUUUUCACGCAUUUUUUUGGGGGGGGAGUGGGGAGGGAUUCAUCGAGAUGAUGAUCACGUGGCUGGAAGCUUGUGCCUACUGAACCCGUAGCAAAUAAUUGUUGCUUGAACUCAAUACUUCCAUGUACCAUUGGAGCUGCAGUAGAAUACAACUUAUGGUGCAUAGUUAAGCAUGAGCAGGCUGAUGACCUGGAUAUAAAAUGUAUAUUGGUAAAGACCGAGCACCUUAUUUACUCAGGUUCUCAGCAUUCCUUAGUCUUAAAAUGGAAAUGCAAAUAUCGUGGUAACUCUGACUGCUGUGAGCAGGAAACGCCAGUACUUAAAUAGUUCCUGCUGUAUAAGUCUUAUUUAUUGCUUCCAGUUUGAAAAUUACUCUGGUUUUGCAUGUGCUCUAAUUUUGAAGCUUUUCCUGAAUGGCUUUGAAGUCUGUUGAAAGUUCUCCGGAUCUUUUCAAGCUUCAAAGAUUGAUAGUGUUUUCUUUCUAUCCUGUGUAAGGGAUGUAGUAGAACUGGGGAUAUAGUAGAACCACAUUAGAAAGCCAGACCUUUCCUUUAAGAUUCCUUAAACCAUUCAGAGAACAUGUGCUUUUGCUAGAGGGAAAAGUCUGUGAAUGCUGUGAAUGGUGUUUUACAAGCCAUGUUUCCUCAGGACACAAAGAAGGCAGCAAGAGGAGGAAGCAGAAGCAGAGAGAGGAACAGAAGAAGAAGAAGUCAACCAAA